AUGCUCAAAACAUCCAUACCCAAGAACCAGUAUGAGGAGCUGCUGCAACGCCGAGCUAAGGAGUUCCAAAGAUACAAAGCCAGGACAUCAUCUGUACUAUCCAGACUGCUGUUUGCUUUGCCAAACUCCCCUCUGAAGUAUCCUAUCCAGGGUUAUACAGUGCGGCCGUUGACAGCCACUCUCAUACCGGGUUUAGGGAUUUAUGCAGGAGAAAGAAACAGCUACAAGGUGUCCCUGAGUGUGUCCAAAGGCGUCCUGACCACAGAGACUCCAGCUGAAGGAGUGACAGUGAAAGGCGCUGGUGAGAAGGAACUGAUCCUUGAGUCCAGCAGUCUGGUGAUCCUCAAUGACCUGCUGACCAAAGUGUCCUACGCCAGCACUGUCUACUCUAUAAACACUGGAGAUCUGGUAACUUUCCAGUUUGAAAACCACACGGCUGUGUUUCCCAUUGCAAUCAAACAACCUUGCCUGCCAGUCCUAUACGACAUGGGAACAGACAUCAGCUCUCAAGUCACCAUCACCACUAAGACCUUCCUGCGUUAUGACAAACUGAACAUUCUGUUGAAAAGCAUCCGACAAUUCUACAGAAACAUUACAGUCAUUAUUGCUGAUGACAGCUUGGAACCAGAGAAAGUUACUGGAGAAAACAUCCAGCAUUACAUCAUGCCUCCAGCACAGGGCUGGUUUGCUGGCAGGAAUCUGGCAAUCUCCCAGGUAACCACCAAGUACUUUGUGUGGGUGGAUGAUGACUUUCAGUUUACGAAGGACACAAAAUUAGAGAAGUUUAUGGAGGUGAUGGAGGCGAUCCCUGAACUGGAUGUGGUUGGUGGAUCUGUACAAGGGGGCCAAUUAAGUUUUAUUCUUGAGUAUGAGGAAGGAGAGGAAAUGGAUGGUGGCUGCCUGAAGCGGAAAAUGACAAACUUCCAUCCACUGCCUGGUUACCCACAAUGCUCUCUGGCCAGUGGCGUGGUCAACUUCUUCAUGGCUCGUACAGAUUCAGCCCUAAAGGUGGGAUUUGAUCCAAAGCUCUUGCGGGUAGCACAUUCAGAAUUUUUUAUGGAUGGCCUGGGUUCCCUGCUGGUUGCCUCAUGUCCUGAUGUGCACAUUGAGCAUCAGCCCAAAACAAGACUAAACACGGAUCCUCUCUACAAACGCUUCAGAUACCCUCAAAGGGAUGACACUAUGUACAAACUGCAGCUUCACUUCUUCAAAAACCACCUAAAGUGUGUAAAAUAUUGAUAGAUGACAAAAUAUAGAGAUUGGGCUUAUUGGUUUCAGUUACCAACUUGACAUCACUCAUAGUGAUCCUCGCAAUUCGACCGAGUCAUCUCAGCCUCAAGACAACAAUCCAACAUUGGUAUGUUGAUGCACAUUUCACAUGGCAUCUAGUACUGAAUCAGAACUCAUACUAAGGGGUAUUUCAGAAACCAAUCACCUGGAUUUUAAAUAUUCUCAAUAAUAUCUCAAUAAUUCUCAGAUCAUUGGUGAUGACAUUGAUCCAGAAUAAAAACUUUUUUCCGUCUUCUAUCAAUGAUUGCCAAUACUACACAGAAGAUCAUUAUAACAAUAAUUUCAAGUCUGAUAACAAAUUUUCAGUUAUACAUUUCAAUAGUCGAAGCCUUUAUGCAAACUUUGACCACAUCAAGAGUUAUUUAAAACAAUUUACACAACCGUUUAUUGUCAUUUUAAUAUUCAAAACUUGGAUUAACAGUGAAAGACAAAUAGAGUUUGGUAUUGAAGGUUGUGAGUUUAUAUGUAUAAAUCAAACAAACAAGCAUGGUGGCGGUGUAACCAUGCAUAUGGACUCAAACUGUAGUUAUGUAGUGAUUGAAAAUAAGUCUAUGGUGGUAGAUGAUUUAUUUGAAUGUCUUACCAUAGAAAUUACGAGGAUAAAAAGGAAAAAAUAUUAUUGUAAGUUGUAUAACACCUGGCUCGAAUAUAAAUGCUUUUAGUAACUGGAUGGAGGAACACUUUUCUAACCUAACUUGGAAAGUUAUGUUUGUUGGGGGAAACUUAAACAUUGAUAUGCUAAAUCCAAAUAAGCACAGAAUGACUGACAAAUUUAUUAACAUGAUGUUCAGCAUUGGCCUGUAUCCUCAGAUUACUAAACCAAGUAGAAUUACCACCCAUAGUGCCACUUUAAUUGAUAAUAUUUUCUUGAAUGAAAUAGAAAACAAAACAGUAAGUGGAUUAAUGAUAAAGGAUAUUCGUGAUCAUCUUCCAGUUUCUGCAGUAUUCAAUCACGAUUAUCCUAAUAAUAAAACGGGGGGUGGUGGGGGGGGAUGGUUUUGAAGUGUAAAAACAGUGGAAACUGUGGAUGUGUAUAAAAUGUAAUGACUCAAGAAAGAUAUCCAGUUGGAAGACUGAAACCACUAUCAACCUGAAAGUUCUUGAACCACCCAAGAAGCUUUUGCUCUCCACUGCUGGAUGACAUGGAUUCAUCAAAAAACAUCACCUUGUAUUUACUGAUAAAACUUUGAUCUUUGUUGGAUAUUCAUACCAAUCAGAGCUCAUCAGUCGAAGAGCAGCAGUGGCAUUUGGAGACUGAACAAAUGCUAAAAUGAGGAAAAUAUGAUGUUUAAAUCAGACUCAAGUACAGAUAAUGAUAAAACUGGAGAUCAUGACUAUAAAUUGAAGUCAUGUGGUUUAACUGCAUUUUAGACAUUAAAUCCUGGAUGGCAGAAAACUUUCUCCAGCUUAACCAGGACAAAACUGAGGUUUUAGUCAUCGGUUCUGAGGCCCAGAGAGAGAAACUUUUACCUAAACUGCAGGCAUUGUCUUUUAAUCCUUCUUCACAUGUGAAAAACUUGAGUGUGAUUUUUGACUCUGAACUGACUUUCAUUCCACAUAUCAAGAACAUUAUAAAAAUAGAUUUUUAUCAACUAAAGAAUAUAACUAGAGUCCGCCCCAUUCUCUCUCGGGCCAACACGGAGACGCUAAUGCAUGCUUUUAUCACCAGUCGCAUUGACUACUGUAAUGGCCUGCUUUCCAGUCUUCCCAAAAAGAGUAUUUCAGACUUAAAGCUUUGACAGAAUUCCGCCGCUCGUGUCCUGGCAAAGACCAGGAAGCAGGCCCACAUUACACCGAUUUUAAGAUCACUGCAUUGGCUUCCUGUGUCUUUCAGGAUCGAUUUUAAGGUUCUCUUAAUGCUUUUUAAGUGUCUUAAUGGUUUUGGGCCUUCUUAUCUCUCAGAGCUGUUUUUACCUUAUGAACCUUCGCGGACCCUGCGCUCCUCCGGCAGCCGUCUCCUGGCCACCCCGAAGCCAGAACAAAGACUGAAGGUGAGGUGUCCUUCCAAUUUUAUGGCAUUCGCCUCUGGAACGACUUGCCGAAGGACCUCAGGGCCGCAGAGGACGUUCAUGUUUUUAAGAGCAGGCUCAGGACCUACCUUUUUAGUCUAGCCUUUAGCUGAUAUUUAUUUUUCGCCUAGUUUUAAAUGUAUCUAUUUCUUUACCUAUUUAUUCUCUUUAUUAGUUUUAUGAAGUUAUAUUAGUUUAUUAUAACUAUUAUGUUUUUUAAAAGAAACGUAGCAUCUACCUUUUUAGUCUGGCUUUUACCUGAAUUACCUUUUAGUCCUCCAGUGUUUACCUAUUUUAAUCCUUUAAGAUGGCGUUUCCUCAGUACGUACUGGGUAUAACAAUGUCCCUGAUUUAUUAUUGUCUUUUAUUUAUGUUGCUUUUUA